UAGCCUCGACAACACACUCCGUACACGAGACUCACGUCUCCUUUAUCUGUCAAAAAUUCAAUAAUAAAUUAACCUGGAGGGUUACUUCUGCUGUCUUCCAGAGGUUGAACUGCAGAGUGAAGUUACGAUGAGUUGACCAGUGGAUUUUUACGUGUCGCAUUUGGAUUAAUUGCGUGAUGAUGAGAGAUUUUAUGAUCCUCUGGAUCAUCGCACUGUCACCAGUGUUGGCUCAAGUGGUAAAUCGAGGGCCUCAUUUUAUUCACAAUGGUGAUAUGGCGAGACUUGCUGUGUCAGAAGGGACAUUACCUGGUGCUGCUGUCUAUAAACUCCAGGGUGAAGACCCGGAGGGCUCGAAAUUGCAUUAUUCAAUCAGUGGCGAGUAUUUCACGGUUAACCGUGAAACUGGUGUUGUUACACUCAGGCGUGCACUGGACCGUGAAGUCCAGGAUCUCAUUGAAGUAAUCAUCAGUAUAACUGAUGAGGGUGUGGCUGGGUCUGAGCCAAAUAUCGUGUCCUUGAGGAGAGAAAUUGCUGUUCUCGAUGAGAAUGAUAAUCCACCGGUUUAUCAUGGUCGACCUUAUGCAACCAGGAUAAUGGAGAGUGCUAAAAUUGGUAGUCUGUUGUUGCCAGAGGGGACCGUUACGGUUACUGAUCGUGACGGUGGGGUCAACGCUGACGUCGAGGUCAAGUGUGUACCAGCAUCGGCUGACGAUGACACUUGCUUCGUGUUCAACGUCACCACGGAGAAGAUCUCAGAGGGAAAAUACGAUGUGAGAAUCACAGUCGUUCAACCCCUGAAUUACGAGCGUAGAAAUUCUUACCUCAUCACGUUGCUAGCAACUGAUGGGGCUGGAGAUUUCUCUAAGAGGCUCCAGGCUAGGGCCACAGUUGCUGUGGAUAUCCUAGAUGUUCAGGAUCAGCCCCCGAUAUUUCUGAAUGCUCCUUAUAGUGCAGCUAUUCCGGAAAACACGUCGCCGGGGCAUCCGGUAUUGACCAUUAGGGCUCGGGAUGGAGAUACUGGCGAGUCUAGGUCGGUUUUACUCAGUCUUGAGGGCGAUGAUCUUAAUCAUUUCGAUUUGAGGAUCUCCAGGGAGGGUGAUAUCACUGUUGGAACACUUGUCACCACUGAUGUUGCACUGGAUCGGGAAGAGACUAGGAUUCUUCAUGAUGGGGGAAUUUAUACGUUUAAAGUCAAGGCUACGGAGUUGAUUAAUGAUGAGAUUCCCGCUGAAUUUUCAACCUCGGUUAUUACAAUCGUUGUUACUGACGUUGAUGAUCUGUCCCCGGUGUUCAAUGAGGGAUUCUUCAAGGUUAAAGUGUUUGAGGAUAUAGGAGUUGACACACCUUUGCCUGGAUUGAAUAUGGUUGUCAGUGAUAAUGACGUCGGUGAGAAUGCCAAAUUCAUUUUAGCCCUGAGAGAUGCACCGAGUUAUCCAGGGGUCAGUCGAGGAUUCUCGGUGACACCUGAGCAGGCACAGGGGCGAGUCCCAGUUGUAAUCAAAGUUCUCGAUCCAAAAAUUCUGGAUUACGACGUGGAAGACAUUUCAAAACGAGAGAUGGAGUUUGAUGUGACUGCCUCCGUCGACGGACGAGUUGCAGCUUUCUCGAGGGUUCAUGUGAAGCUUCUGGAUGCCAAUGAUCACAGCCCGGAAUUUUCUCAGGCGAUUUAUCGGCUCUCGGUGAGGGAGGAUGCCAAACCUGGGACUAAAUUUGGGGACGUCGUCGCCAGGGAUGAGGACAGCGAGAGUUUUGGAGAAUUGACUUAUACCCUGCGAGGAUUUGGAGCUGAUAAAUUCAGGACUGAAAUGAAGAAUGGAGGGAUUUGGUUGGUUAAGGCUCUGGAUUAUGAGGUUCAGAAGUCUUAUUCUCUGACGAUGGAGGCGAGAGAUGGAGGGGGUAGAGUGUCAACGGUAAAUGUUAUCAUAGAAGUGGCUGAUGUCAAUGACAAUGCACCAGUGUUCGAGCAGAAGGAGUACUCCAGAACGGUGAGGGAAGGUGCCACUAGCUUUGAUCCUCAGUUAUUCAUUAGAGCAACUGAUGUCGAUGGUCCAGCUCAUGGCAACGGACAAAUCACGUACUCUAUCAGCAGGCACACCGGAAUGAGUGAUAAUGUCUUUCAUAUCAAUGCGCAGACCGGAGAGGUGACCAUGAACUCUCCAGCCAGAUCUGGGGACACCGAGAGGGGUCUCUAUGAAUUGACAAUUCGAGCCACUGAUCAUGGCUAUCCCCCGCUGUUCUCCGAGACAAAAGUAUUGGUUCGUGUUGGUGUUCCUGGUAACCAGAGGCCCGUCUUCAGGGGAAACUACAAAGGAGUCCCUGGACCCAAUAGUUAUCGAGCGAGAUUAUUAGAAAAUGCCAGUCCGGGGACAGAAGUUAUUAAAGUAGUGGCUAAUGAUCCUGAUGGACGAGACAGCCUUCUGCAGUACUACAUUGCCUCCGGGGCUAAAGACAACUUUGUUAUUGAUUCCAGUUCCGGAAUUAUAACGGUAUCCCCUGAUGCUAGACUUGAUCUAGAGACUGGUGGUGAUAAAUACGAGGUUAUUAUAUACGCUGUUGAUUCUGGAGCACCGGUUAGAGAGACAGCUACCACUACUGUAACUGUUAAUGUUAUCGAUGUUAAUAAUAAGCCACCGAAAUUCAGGAAUUCAACUUACCUGGUUUAUGUAUCGGAACGAGCAUCGAUCGGUGAUUCUGUACUCAGGGUGUCUGCGGUCGAUCCUGAUACAGACGCUGAUAUCGAGUAUUCGAUAGUGGAACCUAUUCAAGCUGUUGAUAAGACUGGAGUUGCCUUGAAGAGCACAACACCUUACGAUUACAAGACUGCAUUCAGGAUUCAUCCAACCACGGGAGCUAUUUCUGUGAAUCGAGUUUUGGAUUAUCAAGUGGCAGCGGUGAUUAUUUUAACUGUUCAAGCAAGAGAUGUCAAUGCAGCGGUCGAUAAAGAGUUGCAAUUCGAUACUGUCGAGGUGACGAUCUACAUUCAAGCCUUCAGCAACAAUAACCCAAUAUUCUUGAAUCCUGGGUGGUCGUUGAAUAAUCCGGUGAUCAGAGUUACUGUGCCUGAAGAGCAGCCCCUUGGAACUACCCUGUUGAUGCUGUCUGCCAGGGAGUCCACUGGUCACGUUGUCCAGAGGUUUGAUCUCGUCCGAGAAGAUGAAGACGAGGGAUUCGUUAAUGUAGGCGUUCAGAGUGGAAACGUCGUGUUGAGUAAAAGACUGGAUUACGAGUCUUUGGGACAGAAAUUCAUAAAGUUCAAGGUCCGAGCGCUUGCCAGGGAUUACGAUAUAACCAGGACGAUGACGGAAGCUACCGUUAUCGUUGAGAUUCAAGAUGUCAAUGACAACAGUCCAGAGUUCACGAAGAAAGAGUACAAGAUAUCGGUGUUAGAGGAUUCGAAGCCUUCUAGGAUUGUUUUGAAUGUCAAGGCUGUGGAUGUGGACAGUGCGAAUACCGAAGAGGAGGUCAAGAGGGGAUUUGGCGAGGUGAGGUACACCCUGACCGGGGAAAACGCCAAUCUCUUCGAUAUUGAUGCACUCAAUGGAAACAUCAGGAUCGCAAAGGAUACAACACUCGAUCGAGAGAGGCAAUCUGUCCUCAGGUUCUAUGCUGUGGCCUCUGACAUGCCUGGAGGUGGGGCAGAGCAGAGGACCACGCGGUCUUUGGUAACUGUCGACGUUCUCGACGUCAACGACAACGCCCCCACCUUCCCCCAGGACUCCUACACAGCAGUAAUUCCUGAAAAUGCUCCCGUCGGUGUCAGCGUUGUCAAUGUCACAGCUAGUGAUCCAGACGAGGGAAAGGGAGGGGAAGUAUACUUCGAGAUUAUCGACGAGGGAGAGGCCAGUGGACUCUUCUCGAUCAACCAUCAAACCGGAGAGAUUUACUCUGCAAAAAAACUAACAGGAAAGGGCAGGACUGAUCCUUAUAAUAUGAGAGUUAGGAGUCAGGAUAAUGGACAACCUGUUCUGCACUCUGACGUUUCUCUGACCCUCUACAUCGGUGACGUCGUCAGCAACGAUGGAGUUCCUCUCUUCAUCCGUCCCACACUGGAGGAGAUUGCGUACAUCUCCGAGAACUCGACGAUAGGGAGUCCAGUGUUUCAGGUAGUGGCUUCGGAUCCUGAUGAUCCCAAUCGUCCUGAUGGUAGGAUUACCUUCAAAUUUCUGGAGGAUGGAAAUUUUGAGAACGACGCCAGCUCGUUCAGGAUCAAUGGAGAGACAGGAUUGAUUACAACGCGUAAACUUUUGGAUCGUGAGAUCAAGGACAGUUACACAUUAAUUCUCGUUGCUCAGGAUUUGGGGAGUCCUCCUCAGCAAGCGUCCAGAGUUCUUCAGGUAGUUGUCAACGACAUCGAUGAUCACAAGCCACAUUUUAAAAGGGGUUUGGACAGUCCUCCGAUAGAGUUCAGUGUUCCUGAGGAAGUUCCUGUGGGUACGAAGGUCGGAAUCGUCGAGGCCGUCGAUGAAGACAUUGGUGAAAACGGAAUGAUGGAUUACGCCAUAACUUAUGGGAACGAAGCUGGACUUUUUAGUAUAGAACGACUGGAGAACAACUCAGCAAUUAUUAGAUCAGCUGGGCGACUCGAUCGAGAGAUAGUGGAUCGUCAUCUGUUAACAGUCAAGUGUUUUAAAUACCCUGUGAUGCUGCCUGAUGUAAUUCCCAGGAGAUACAAUCGUCAGGAUCCUUCGGAGCGACAGUUCCUGGUUAGAGUCAUUGACGUUGACGACAACAAGCCCCAAUUCAGGAAGGACAACAUCACGAUUGGGGUCAGACUUAAUGUACCUAUUGAUACGAGCUUGAUUACUUUGGAAGCCUAUGAUGAAGAUGUCGAUGCACUUCCGAUUAAUUACGUCAUGGGAAAGGUGUCAUUCACGUCAUUGGCUGAGCCCUCGAUGUCGAAGAAGGGGAUUCCAUCGUAUCUGGCACUGAAUCCUCAAAGUGGAGAGCUCAGGACAACUGGCUCGAUGGCUAGCUUUGCUGAUGGCUUCAUGGAGAUCCCCAUCACAGCGAAUAAUUCUCAAGUACCUGGAAGAGAGACCAACGUGACACUUCGCAUUUUUCUGCUGAGGGACAGAGACAUGUUGAAGUUUGUAUUCUCAAAGCCACCGGUUGAGGUGAGAAAGACGCUCGAGGAAUUUGAAAAGGCUGUGCAGCAGGCGUUGUCUCUUCCCAUCACAGUCAACGUUUACGACACUCAGUUCUACUCGAAGGACGAUAAUUCCCUUGACUUCUCAUCGACAAGCUCUUGCUUUCAAAUGGUGGGACGUGAGGCAUACGAUCUCGAGGAAAUGAAGGCACUGUUGAGGGACUCCAGGAAUGACGAGUUGAAGAAGGUCUACGAGAAAUUUCACGUUGAGAAAGUACAGCAUUGUGCAGCUCUCGUGGCACGAGCUGAUGCUUCGAUGACUCAGAUGUGGGUACUUGCCAUAGCAGCAUUGGUUGGUGUUGCCACGAUUAUUUCUAGCUGCGUGUUAUGCUGCAUGCACUCGAAAUACAAACGUCACGUGAAACACGCACGCUUGAGGGAACAAGCGAGACCACCACUGAGUUAUGUUUCUUCAGGGCCUGGAAUGGUCAAUGCACAAUCUCACACAACAUUGGGGACCCUUGGGCCUGGAACAAUCGUUGCUUUGGGCCCUCACGAAGGCCCUUACGAGUGGGGGGCUGACACAACGCUCUAUCAUCCCAGCACCUUGUCUAGAGCGUAAAGUGUUUUCAUGAGAGAAUGAAGAAGACUUCGGUGCUUAUGAAUAAUGACUAGUGAUUUAAAAUUGAUAAGUGGAUAAUCGAAAGGUGUCCAAUUAUUUUGUACAGUGGGAUAAGUUUGAGGUACAAGCCUUCUGUAAUAUAAUUCUUAAUUAGUCCUUUCAGUUGAGACAUGUACAUUUUAGAGUAUUUAUAUAAACGUUGAAUACAAAAAAUAUAUAAUUUAUAUUCAUC